GAUUUCGCACUCACUGAGAACGUAUUUCCCUCUUUUUUUCCGACUAUUUUCAGCCGGCGAUCACAGCACGAACCUCAUUGAGAAAUUCUUAAAUUUCUAAAAAUGGUGAACUGUACGUCGCAUCGGAGAUUGAAGCCAUCGUCGUUUCGAUUAGAUUAACCUCGAGAUUAAUUUACCGAUCAAUCAUUGGGGGCGAAAUCGAGCAGGUCGGAAGGGGUAGGGUUUCUAUAUCUCAUUCUCGACUGUGGAUUCUCCACCAAUUGCUAUCUGGUUACUUCUGGGUCUGGGCGAUGUCAGCUACGAGGGCGAUCAAUCCGAUGGUGGGAGCCGCGAUCGAUCCGGCACCGCUGAUCAGCGCGCGUGGCGGAAACGGAGAUGAGCGAUUGCGGAGGCCUUCCAGGCGGCCAAGCUUGAGUGGAGCGGCGAGGUUUCUGAGGAGGGCGAGCAGCCGCCGGAUGAUGAGGGAGCCGUCGAUGCUUGUGAGGGAGACAGCGGCGGAGCAGCUUGAGGAGCGGCAGAGCGACUGGGCGUAUUCGAGGCCUGUGGUAUUUCUGGACAUCCUGUGGAAUCUAGCGUUCGUUGGGGUGGCGACGGGGGUUCUGAUCAUGAGCAGGGACGAGAAGCCGAAGAUGCCGCUGAGGAUAUGGAUCGUGGGUUAUGCGCUACAGUGUGUGGUCCAUAUGAUCUGUGUCUGCGUGGAGUAUCGGAGGAGGCAUCCACAACUGCAAGCGGCUUUGGUCUUGGAGUAUGGGGGAAAUGGAAGCCAAGGAGGCAGGAGUCAGGGAAGUUCUGGCCCAAGUUCCCCGAGGGAUUUGGAAGAAGGUAGAGCUGGUGCUGCAAAUUAUGAUUCUGAGCAGGGCCUAGACGAGGAAGGGAAUAAUAGUAUUGCAAAGCAUCUCGAGUCUGCAAACACAAUGUUUUCAUUCAUAUGGUGGAUAAUUGGUUUCUACUGGGUAUCUGCCGGAGGUCAAGCCUUAACUAGUGAUGCACCUCAACUUUACUGGCUGUGCAUUGUGUUUCUGGCAUUUGAUGUAUUCUUUGUUGUUUUCUGUGUUGCUCUUGCAUGCAUCAUUGGCAUUGCUGUUUGCUGCUGUCUACCAUGUAUCAUUGCAAUCUUAUAUGCAGUAGCCGACCAGCAGGAAGGUGCAUCAGAAGAUGACAUCCGCCGUCUUCCGAAGUUCAAAUUCAGAAGAGCAGGAGAUUCUGAAAAAAUUGAUGAGAUAUCAAGAUCUUGUGGAGGAAUAAUGACUGAAUGCGGCGAUCCUCAAAAUGAGGUUCGGCUUUCAUCUGAUGAUGCGGAGUGCUGCAUCUGCCUCUCAGCUUAUGAUGAUGGAGUGGAAUUGCGUCAACUUCCCUGUGGUCACCAUUUCCACUGUGCUUGCAUAGACAAAUGGCUUCACAUCAAUGCAACAUGCCCUCUCUGCAAGUAUAAUAUUAUAAAAAGCUGCAGCAACUCAGAGGUAUAGAAAAUAAAGAAUGCGAUUCAUUUCCUCUAAUUCUGUGUAUGUGUGUGUUGUCUCUUCUAUUUGUGUCCUUUGCCCCCUCUAAUCUCUGAUAUUUAAGUUUGUUUGCUAUUUCUACAUCUUUGUGUUCUCUGUAAAGAAGGAAAUUUCACUGUUGAUAGUGAUGAAUAACAUUUCAAAUUUUUAGCAAGGUGUUAUAUAUUUUGUUGGAGAAA